AUGCACAUAUUAUUCCCGACCGCCCUAGGACUCCUCGAUCUUAGACUAAUUAUACACUUAAGAUGGAGAUACUCUCGUGGUUUCUCACAAACAUGGCGGCAGCUCCUCCAAAUUCCGUCCAAUGCUUCGGCCGGAAGAAAGACGGCGGUUGCCGUAACUCACUGCAAGGCUGGUCGUGGCCUAAUCAAAAUCAACGGUGUCCCAAUCGAGCUUGUUCAGCCUGAAAUCCUCCGAUACAAGGCGUUCGAGCCGAUCCUUCUUCUUGGACGCCACAAGUUUGCUGGCGUUGACAUGAGGAUCCGCGUCAAGGGUGGAGGUCACACUUCUCAGAUCUACGCAAUCCGUCAAAGCAUCUCGAAAGCUCUCGUCGCUUACUACCAGAAAUUCGUUGAUGAAGAACAGAAGAAGGAAAUCAAAGAUAUUCUCGUGAGGUACGACAGGACUCUUCUCGUUGCUGAUCCGAGAAGGUGCGAGCCGAAGAAGUUCGGAGGUCGUGGUGCUCGUGCUAGGUUCCAGAAAUCAUACCGUUGA